AUGAGGCUUUCCUUGGCAAUCUCCUUUUUUAUUUUCCUGUCCUUGUGGGUUGAAGAAGCUUGUUCAAAAGAAAAAUCGUCCAAGAAGGGGAAGGGGAAAAAGAAGCAGUAUCUGUGCCCGUCUCAGCAGUCACCAGAGGACCUUGCGCGUGUGCCCCCCAACUCCACCAGCAAUAUCUUGAACAGGCUGCUGGUCAGUUAUGAUCCCAGGAUAAGACCGAACUUCAAAGGUAUUCCUGUUGAUGUAGUAGUCAACAUUUUUAUUAAUAGCUUUGGAUCCAUCCAAGAAACAACAAUGGACUACAGAGUGAACAUUUUCCUGAGGCAGAAAUGGAACGACCCCAGGCUCAAGCUCCCUAGUGACUUCAGAGGCUCCGACGCGCUGACCGUAGACCCCACCAUGUACAAAUGUCUGUGGAAGCCUGACUUAUUCUUUGCCAAUGAGAAAAGUGCCAAUUUUCAUGACGUGACCCAAGAAAACAUCCUCCUGUUUAUUUUUCGUGACGGAGACGUCCUUGUGAGCAUGAGGUUGUCUAUUACUCUGUCAUGCCCUCUGGAUUUAACUCUGUUUCCCAUGGAUACACAACGCUGCAAGAUGCAACUUGAGAGCUUUGGUUAUACAACCGAUGAUUUGAGAUUUAUCUGGCAGUCGGGAGAUCCUGUGCAGCUGGAAAAAAUUGCUUUACCUCAAUUUGAUAUUAAAAAGGAAGAUAUCGAAUAUGGCAACUGUACGAAAUACUAUAAAGGCACUGGCUACUACACUUGCGUGGAGGUCAUCUUCACCCUGCGGAGACAGGUUGGGUUCUACAUGAUGGGUGUUUAUGCGCCAACCCUGCUGAUUGUGGUCCUGUCCUGGCUGUCCUUCUGGAUCAACCCUGACGCUAGUGCAGCCAGGGUACCCCUGGGCAUCUUCUCGGUGCUCAGCUUGGCCUCAGAGUGCACCACUCUUGCAGCUGAGCUUCCCAAAGUGUCUUAUGUGAAGGCCUUGGAUGUGUGGCUCAUUGCGUGUCUGCUCUUCGGGUUUGCUUCCUUGGUGGAGUAUGCUGUUGUCCAGGUGAUGUUGAAUAAUCCCAAAAGGGUUGAAGCCGAAAAGGCCAGAAUCGCCAAGGCCGAGCAGGCAGAUGGAAAAGGUGGGAAUGCAGCCAAGAAGAGUACCGUGAACGGCACGGGGACUCCUGUUCAUAUUAGCACUUUGCAGGUAAGGCGACAAGCCUCUUACAGGCUGGAUGGCUGGCCCAGAGGGCAUGUCUACACACUGCUAAGGGUUGGUGAGACCCGAUGCAAAAAAGUUUGUACUUCCAAGUCUGACCUGAGAUCCAAUGACUUCAGCAUUGUUGGAAGCUUGCCAAGAGAUUUUGAAUUAUCCAAUUAUGACUGCUAUGGAAAACCCAUUGAAGUCAACAAUGGACUUGGGAAAUCCCAGGCUAAGAACAACAAGAAGCCUCCUCCUGCCAAACCUGUCAUUCCAACAGCAGCCAAACGCAUUGACCUUUAUGCAAGAGCAUUAUUUCCUUUCUGUUUCUUGUUUUUCAAUGUUAUAUAUUGGUCUAUAUAUUUAUGA